CUCUCACGGUUUCUCUCUCUCUGUCUAUAUAUCUCUCUCCUCUUCCGUGUUUGGCUAUUUGCAUUAUCAUAGAAUUAGCACACCCUUUUUCCCCAUGUAAUCAGGUUUGGUUUAUCUGAGAGUGAAUAAGGUAAAAAUAAAAUAAAGUUCACAGCAAAAGCUUAGACUUUUUUGCUGGGUGGGGAGAGAGAGAGAGAGAGAGAUGAAGAAAGGGUAUGGCCUGUGGUUCAUAAGCAUUGUGUAGGAGUUGGUGAGGCUGAGAGAGAAAAAGAUAAAAGCAGCAGAGUGUUGGAGAAAUUUACAUGACAAGAAUAGUAGUGUUGUAGCUCCCAUAGGAGUAGAGAGAAAAAGGGUUUUACUCGAGAAAGGCAGAGAGAGAGAGGGAGGGAGUGGGGGAAAAAGCAAGAAAGAGAGAGAGAUCUAGAUAGAUAGAUAGAGAGAGAUAGAGAGAGACAGAGAGAGAGAUGGUGGGCUCAGGAGCAUCAGAUAGGAGCAAAGAAGCAGUUGGGAUGAUGGCCCUUCAUGAGGCCCUCAGAAGCGUUUGUCUCAACUCAGACUGGACUUACUCAGUCUUCUGGACCAUUCGUCCUCGCCCGAGAGUUCGCGGUGGCAAUGGUUGCAAGGUUGGAGAUGACAAUGGUAGCUUGAUGUUGAUGUGGGAAGAUGGGUUCUGCAGAGGGAGAGUUGCAGAGUGUUUGGAAGAGAUGGAUGGGGAGGACCCAGUGAGAAAGGCCUUCAGCAAGAUGUCCAUUCAGUUAUAUAAUUAUGGAGAAGGGUUAAUGGGGAAAGUUGCAUCUGAUAAGUGUCAUAAAUGGGUUUUCAAGGAGCCUACAGAAUGUGAACCAAACAUAUCCAACUACUGGCAGAGUUCAUUUGAUGCUCUUCCCACAGAGUGGACAGAUCAGUUUGAGUCAGGCAUCCAGACUAUUGCUGUAAUUCAAGCUGGACAUGGCUUAUUGCAAUUGGGCUCUUGCAAGAUUAUACCAGAAGAUCUACAUUUUGUGCUGAGAAUGAGACAUACUUUUGAGUCUCUUGGCUAUCAGUCUGGCUUCUAUCUCUCCCAGCUCUUUUCUUCAACGCGGAGCACUUCACCCUCCUCCACACUUCCUUUGAAGCAACCUUCCAUUUCAAUCCGCCCCCCUCCACCGCUUUUCAACUGGGGUCCGAGGCCUAUGCCUUCAGCACCUGCAGUCUUAACUUCUCCAAACUAUCAGAAUUCGGGGGUCAGGCAGCUUGGAAUCCCACCAUCCAAAGACGAAUCCCACAUGUUUCUCGUUCCUCAUUCCUCCGAAGCUCGAAUGGAAGACAUGAUGGGGGAUCACGAAGCUGAUAUCAAGUGGCCUAACGGGUUGAGUUUCUUCAAUGCUCUCACGGGUAGAGCUGAUGAUUCCAGGCUUUUAUUUAAUCCGGAUAACUUAGGGAACAAGAUGGACCAAAACCAUCAUCACCCUCUCAACCUUGAAGUAAAGACCUCGAAUAAUCCAAAUUCAGACGCUUCAAGUUUGCACACCACGAAUGGCGGCAGGGCUAAUCCAAAUGAAUUCCUGAGCUUGGAUAGCCACCACCACCCGGAUAGCGUUCACAAGUUCAAGAGAAGCUUUACGCUGCCUGCUAGAAUGGCUUCGUCGUCUUCUUCAACUUCACUCGAGCAACAUCAAAACAAUCCCGGGGAAUUUAGAAACGAAGCCGGAAUGUGCUCCUCCGAUGUAAUGGAAACUUUCUUAGAAUGAUGAUAUGUUUAAGCAGCAGGCAGGGGUUAAGCAGAGUGGGUUAUGUAUUUAGUGAAAUCUUUUAGCUGUAUUAAUUUUCACUUAUAGUCUGUGUUUGUUUUUGUUUUAGCUCAUAGGUUUGACUAAUUUCCUUUUCCCCCAAUGAACAUUUGUGCAAUUUCAUGUAGACUAAAAAAUUACCUUCAUCUUUCCCAGAAAUAUGAUAAUAUAUGUUUACUUGGAAUUGCCAAUA